AUGGAUGCGCAACAGAACGACGAGCUCUAUCCCAUCGCCGUCCUCAUUGACGAGCUCAAGCAUGACGAUGUCUUGCUCAGACUGAACGCCAUCCGCCGCCUGUCUACCAUUGCCCUUGCUCUCGGUCCUGAGCGCACCAGAGAUGAGCUCAUACCCUUCCUUGACGAAUCUGUUGAGGAUGAAGAUGAGGUCUUGACCGCUCUGAGUGACGAGCUCGGUGGUUUUGUCGAGUACGUCGGUGGCCCAGAGUACGCUCACGUGCUGCUCUCUCCUCUUGAGAACCUCGCCGCCAUCGAGGAGCUGCUCGUCAGAGACAAAGCCGUCGAGUCACUCAACAAGAUUUGCGAACAACUAUCAACCGAACAGAUCGAUCAGUACUUCAUCCCUCUCAUCGGCAGACUCUCAAAAGCAGACUGGUUCACCGCAAAGAUUUCGUCCACCGGCGUCUACAAGGUCGCAUACACCAAGACCGACCCCCAGACACAAGAGUCCCUGAGACAAGGAUUCGCACAGCUCGUCCACGAUGAUACCCCUAUGGUCCGCAGACAGGCUGCCAUCAACUUGGCCAAGUUCCUGCGCGUCAUGCCGCCGAACGUUGUCAUCGAGGAGAUGAUCCCUCUUUUCCAGCACCUCGCCGGCGACGACCAGGACAGUGUUCGUCUUCUCACCGUUGAGAUUCUGGUCGCCAUCGCCGAGACUGUCCCCAAGGAGCAGCAAUCAAGCCACGGCGUUCUUCUUACCGCACUAAGAAGUCUUUUCGAGGACAAGAGCUGGAGAGUUCGCUACAUGGUCGCAGAAAAGUUCGAGAAGAUUGCCAAGGCCGUCGACGACGAGGUUGUCAGCCGCGAUCUUGUUCCCGCCUUCAUCAAGCUUCUCAAAGACACCGAGGCCGAGGUGCGAACUGCCAUUGCUGGUCAAAUUCCUGGAUUCUGCGCCCUCAUCGAGAGAGAUGUUCUGCUCCAAGAAGUCAUGCCCGCAGUCGAGGAACUCGUCUCGGACUCGUCGCAGCAAGUGCGUGCCUCGUUUGGUACUCAGAUUAGUGGUCUGGCACCCAUUCUCGGCAAGCAGGAGACCACCGAGCAUCUUUUGCCCAUGUUCCUCCAAAUGCUCAAGGAUGAGUUCCCCGAUGUCCGUUUGAACAUUAUUUCCAAGCUCGAGCUUGUCAACGACGUCAUCGGUAUCGAACUCCUCUCACAGUCUCUCCUUCCUGCCAUUGUCCAGCUCGCAGAGGACAAGCAGUGGCGUGUUAGAUUGGCAAUCAUCCAACAUCUUCCUCUCCUGGCUUCUCAGCUCGGGGUCAAAUUCUUCGAUGAGAAGCUUUCCAACCUUUGCAUGGGUUGGCUUGGUGACACCGUCUUCAGCAUCCGUGAGGCUAGCACUCAAAACCUGAAGAAGCUCACAGACGUUUUUGGUGUGCAAUGGGCCAACGAGGCCAUCGUUCCCAAGGUUGUCGCUAUGGGCGGCCAUCCUAACUACCUGUACCGCAUGACCACUUGCUUUGCAGUCUCGACCCUCGCACCCGCCUUGUCUCUUCCCGUCAUCCAAGAGUCCAUCUUCCCUAUUCUCUCAAACCUUGUGGUCGACCAGAUCCCCAACAUUAGAUUCAAUGUCGCAAAGUCAUACGCAGUAUUGAUCGAUGUCCUCAAGCGUCUGCCCGACACCGAGUCAACGGUCCUCUCGCUCGAAAAGACGGGCAAGGCUGGAACUGGUAGCCCCCAGGGUGACCAGCUCAUCCGGGAACAAAUCAUGCCUAACCUGGAAAAACUCAUGACUGACGACGAUGUCGACGUUCGCUUCUUCGCAAGCCAGGCUGCCAAGAGCUACAGCGACGCAAUGCAAUCAUAA